AAUGAAUAUCUCCCGUUAACACGAACCGCAACUUGAACGAGCAUCGCUCAUUGUUUGCCGACGGUUCGAAGACUCGAACAAGGUCCGGCUGAAAACACUGAAGCAUCACUUUCAUAUUGUCUUCAUCAUUACGUUCAGCAUAUGGUAAAGUUAGUCGGUAUUUCAGGUAUCAAAAAACACGCCGGUUACACAAUCAACACGAUCACAUAGUUGCCUGGCAUGAGAUAUUCCCAUCACCACCCGCGGCAUCAACGCCGAUAUGAAAUUCACCAAACAUAAACAAUAACACAAAUGGCCCAGAGCUGUAACAGAAACACCCCGGUUCAAAUGGAUGUAUACGACAAUAACGCCUUUAAUGGGAAGGACGAUUUUCCCCGAAAGAUCCUGUCCCAGCUGCUAGGCUCAAAUGGCCCCGUCCACGCAGUAACCUACUCUGCCUCACCAGGGACCUACAUCCUUACUGGAUCUGCCGACCGGUCCAUCCGUCUCUACAACCCCAUCCCAGCCUCCCCCUCGUCUUCCACCACCACCACCACCACCUCAUCCACUACCUUCAUCACAAAACCUUCCCAGGCCCCCUCAACUACACCCCCACAAGGCCGCCUGAUCCAAACCUACACCUCCCACGGCUACGAAGUCCUCUCCCUCUCCGUUUCCUCCUCCAACGCCACCUUUGCGUCCUCAGGCGGCGACCGCGCCGUCUUCCUCUGGGACGUUUCGACAGCCACCACCAUCCGCCGCUUUUCCAACCAGGGCCACACCACGGGGCGCAUCAACUCGGUCAUUUUCGCUGGCGUCGAUGAUUCCUUGCUGAUUUCGGGAGGGCACGACACGACGGUGCGGAUAUGGGACGUGCGCUCGCAGAGUUCCAGUAGACCCGUGCAGGUGCUGGGGGAGGCCAAGGAUGGGAUUACGAGUCUUGCUGUUUCUCCGGGAGGGGCAGGAGCGGAGGUACUGGCGGGGAGUGUGGAUGGACGGGUGAGGACGUAUGAUGUGCGGAUGGGACGGUUGGUGACGGACGUUUUCCCGGGAGCGGUGACGAGCCUGUGUCUGGCGAGAGAUGGGAAGACGGUUCUAGUGGGGAGUUUGGAUAGUAAGAUCCGGUUGAUGGACAGGAGCAAUGGGCAGUGUUUGAGGACGUAUGGCGGCGAUGGAAAUGCGAACGGGGACGCAGCUGGGGGGUGGACGAAUAAGGAGAUUAGGGUGCAGAGCGUGCUGGGAGGCGGGGAGAGAUGGGUUGUUGCUGGUGAUGAGAAUGGAGCGGAGAACUCGAACGGAGAGGGACGGGUGUGGACUUGGGAUCUCUUGACCGGCAAGCUUGUGGCUAAGCUUGGGGUUCCGUGGGGGCCGGGUGGUGGGAAGGUUGUGGUGGGAAGGGAUGGGAAGGAAAAGGAGAGGAAGAAUGUGGUCAGUUGUGUUGCGUGGAAGGACGGUGGGUUUGGGAACCAGUUUUGUGUCGGCGGUACAUCGGGGGUUGUGACAGUGUAUGGAGAAGCGUGAUCAUCAGUGCUAGUCUUGAAUGCAUCGAAGAAAAUGUAUCGAGAUCUGAGAGCUCGUACAGCCGUUUAC